CAUCAAGGGUCAUCUGUUUUUGUGCCAUCUAUUUCUAGAAGAAAGUAAAAUAAAAUUUGCCUUUAGCCCCAUUGUACCCUAUUCUAAUAUGUCUACAUUUAAGUUAUAUUAAAGUGCAUUUAACAUAAGAACUUGUUUUCUAUUUCUUUUUAGGACUUUAAUUUAGGUUUGGACACAAGAAAGCCAACCACAACAUCGAUUGAAACAUCUGCAAAAUGACGUAUAAAACAACUUUCAUGCUAAUACUCAUGUCAGAAUUGGCAUUCACUGUACUGACAUUGUCAACUAGUCGCCCUGUGGCAGUUAUUCUUGGGGAACGUGCCAUUCUCCCUUGUAAAAACACAUGUACUGGACCUUUAACCUGGACAUUUACUGGUGGUAGGAAGAGACUGGAGGUUUUGAAAUGUGACAGAGACAGUUGUACCGAAGGAGGUGGCUUUAAGACCAGAUUGAGCCUUUCCCCUGAAAAGACCAAGAAUGGAGAUCUGUCGCUUACAUUAAAUCAUGCUUUGUACAACGACAAGGGAUGGUACGAGGCCAGAUGCGGUUCAACAGUUCUCUGCAAUUCAUUUUUAGAAGUUCUGUUUCCUGUAACAGUAAAUGUGUCAGUUGGGGAAGACGUGACACUACCUUGCUAUGCUCAUACUGACAAAGAGGUUGCUGACGAUGCUAUAAACAUCCUGUGGAAAAAGGGCGACCAAAUAGCUGUGCAAGUUCAAAAUGGAAUUAUGAACUAUGCCUCAGGUUAUGCAGAGAGGGCAUCUGUUUCAGUAAGUGGUUAUAAAGAUGGAGACCUUUCCUUUUCAAUACGCAGAGCCACCACAUUAGACAAAGGACUAUACCAGUGUUAUCACAGCACAGAAGAGGAAAAUGGAUACCCAGGAGCUGUUGUUCUCAACAUUGAAGCUUAUCAGAGCUUUCAAGAAAAAACGUCUGGUGAUUUUCUUACCCUGGAUUUGUUCGUCUCAGACCCUGUGACAAUAAGUUUCACCAGUGUUAAUACAACAGAGAUCCUGCUCUGCAGUGUAGAAAGAAGCAUCGCUACAUGUAGUCCUGACUACACUCACAGAGUGUCUGUCGUGGAUACCUCCCUUGUGCUGCAUGAAUUAACCGGAUCUGAUACCGGAAUAUUUACAGUGAAAGACAAGAUGGAUGUAAUGGUUGCCAUUUACAACGUUGCUGUGAAGAGUAUGUUUUAAAUUGUGUCUGGAGACUUGUGAGGUUGGGAGAACUUACAGUAUUAUUCUGAUACUAAUAACUGGUUUCAUUCUCAUUUGUGCUGGUCUGUACAUUGGGAUUAAAAUCAGAGAAAAAAAGAACAUCGAAGGUCAUGUUUAAACUUUCCUGAAAUAAGGCUUUAUCAAUUCAAGAUCAAGGAAAAGGGACCAGAUGUCCUGUUCCAGUGACAUACUGUUGUACUUCAAACUAACGAUGCACGAUCAUGGUUUUUCAU